AGCGAACACAGAAACUGUGUCAAACACCGCACACGUGUGUUCUUUUUGGUUUGUAACUUCGGCAGGCCUUUUCUCUCCCCGAAAUCAUGGCAUUCUGGACCCUAGCCGUUCGUAGCCGCCUUGCCACAAGGCACCUUCAGCCUGGAGCUUGCACUAGAUGGAGCUCCGGUGGUAACAUCCAGGGAUAUGUCAUCGGCAUUGAUCUGGGAACUACCAAUAGCUGUGUGUCAGUCAUGGAGGGACAACAGCCAAAGGUCAUUGAGAACGCUGAGGGAGCUCGUACUACACCAUCAGUAGUUGCAUUCUCCAAGGACAAGAAUGAGCGUUUGGUUGGACAGGCUGCCCGCCGACAGGCCGUCACCAACCCAAAGCGCACAUUCUAUGCCACUAAGCGUUACAUUGGUCGUCGGUUUGAUGACAAGGAAGUUCAGAAGGACUUGAAAGCAGUGUCAUACGACUUGGUCAAGGCCAAGAACGGUGAUGCCUGGAUGAAGUGUGAUGACAAGCAGUACUCGCCUAGUCAAAUUGGAGCGUUUGUUCUCAUCAAGAUGAAGGAAACUGCUGAGGCUUACCUUGGCACUAAGGUCAACCAUGCCGUUGUGACUGUUCCCGCAUAUUUCAACGACUCCCAGCGUCAGGCCACCAAGGAUGCUGGUCAGAUUGCUGGUCUGCAGGUGGAGCGUGUUAUCAACGAGCCCACAGCUGCCGCCAUGGCUUACGGUUUGACCAAGGAAGAAGACCAGGUUAUCGCCGUCUACGACUUGGGUGGUGGUACUUUCGAUGUGUCCAUUCUUGAGCUUUCCAAGGGUGUAUUUGAGGUCAAGUCAACCAACGGUGAUACUUUCCUUGGUGGUGAAGACUUUGACUUAGCUCUUCUCAAGCACCUUACAACUGAGUUCCAAAAGCAGGAGGGAAUCGACAUCACCAAGGACACCAUGGCUGUCCAGCGUCUGCGUGAGGCUGCUGAGAAGGCCAAGAUUGAGCUGUCUUCUUCUCUGCAGACUGACAUCAACUUGCCAUACCUUACUGCCGAUGCCAACGGUCCUCGCCACAUGAACCUUACCAUUACCCGUGCAUUCUUUGAGAACCUGACUGGAGAACUUGUCAGGCGCACCCUGGAGCCCUGCAAGAAGGCCAUCAACGACGCCGGUGUCUCCAAGUCUGAGAUCAAGGAAGUUCUUCUUGUUGGUGGCAUGACCCGCAUGCCCAAGGUUCAACAAACUGUACAGGAACUGUUUGGUCGUACUCCCAACAAGUCUGUCAACCCCGAUGAGGCCGUUGCAAUGGGUGCCGCUGUUCAGGGUGGUGUCCUCUCUGGCACCGUUUCCAACAUGGUCUUGCUGGAUGUCACUCCUUUGUCUCUGGGUAUUGAGACUCUUGGUGGUGUAUCCACGAAGCUCAUCGACCGAAACACCACUAUCCCCACCAAGAAAGGCCAGGUCUUCUCCACCGCAGCUGAUGGCCAAACUCAGGUCGAGAUCAACGUACUCCAGGGAGAGCGUGAGAUGGCUAAUGACAACAAAUCCCUCGGAAAGUUCAUGUUGGUUGGAAUCCCGCCCGCACCCCGUGGUGUUCCCCAGGUCGAAGUUUCCUUUGACAUUGAUGCCAACGGUAUUGUCAACGUCUCUGCUCGCGACAAGGCCACUGGAAAGGAGCAAGCAAUUGUCAUCCAGCCCAGCGGUGGUCUCAGCAAAGACCAGAUUGCACAGAUGUUGAAGGAUGCCGAGGAGAACGCAGAGGUAGACAGGAAGCGCAAGGAAUUUAUCGAGGUUGUCAACAAGGCCGAGUCCUCUCUUCAUGACAUCGAGACCAAAAUCAAUGAGUACAAGGACCAGCUCUCAGAGGAAGAGGUCAACUCCGUCAAGGAGGAGAUUGAGAAGCUGCGCACGCGUCUUGCAAACAAGGACAGCGAGGAUGCCGAUGGCCUCAAGGCAGCCACCGACGAGCUGCAACAGAAGUCACUCAAGCUCUUUGAGAUUGCAUACAGAAAAAUGAGCGGUGACAACUCCAGCAGCAGCUCAAGCAGCAGCGACUCCAGCAGCAGCAGCAGUGACAAUACCACUGACACAACAUCAGACUCAGACUCCUCCAACUCUGAGAAGAAGUAAAGAGAUGGCAGCCAGUCACUGUACAUUCAACUGUACAUUCAACUCCGGGACUGACGACCGUUUCUUUAUUUUCUUUACAACAAACAAACUUGUAUAUAUCACAUGAAACUCUUUUGCGGUGCUUUUUUUUAUAUAAUUGAAUCCUUCGAUUUCUGGUUUUAUGUCACAAGAAUACAUGCUGAGUUAACUGUA